AUGCAUCACCAUUCUGGGGGGUAUCGGGAGACCGGCUCUGGUCAUCGUGGGCCCGCUCGUCGCCAUGACCGACGCCGGACAGAUCAUCGGCCAACAGCGGGCGACCCGAGUCGAACUGUCGUCUUGAGUGACGUACCCGAGGAUGCGACCGAACGCGACGUCCUCUACGGCCUUGACUAUGCCACGAGAGACCGCCACUUUUCGAACGACACCGUCAGAAGCGCUCGACUCCGCCACGACCGCGACAGGCGUCUCAAUGCGUUUGUCGAAUUUUAUCGUCGAUCGGAUGCCGAGUAUUUCUUGGACCAAUAUUACCCCGAAGUUUCAUUCCCUCUUGAAGACUCUCGAGGCCCUGAUUCCGACCUCGUUGCGAUGGGCGUCAAUGCUGCGGAAGGCUACGAGGAGAUGGGCUCCUCCCGCGACGCACGUGGUGAUGAUGGCAGUUGGGAGUGCUACGAUUGCGGUACUGUUAACUACCCCCAUCGGGCCGUUUGUUUCAAGUGCAAGGCUGAGCGGCCAGAGGACGACUACGCCAGCUCCGGUCCCCUCUUGACCGGUGAGACGGACGAGUGCCCGCAGCAAGCCCCGUCACAGUAUGUUGUCAUUCGGGAUCUUGAGGGGUCCGUCACCGAAGACGUGCUUGCCAAAGGCGUCAUGAAGUUAUUUGUGGAAGCACCGGAGCCGAAGGAAACCUCGACGACUACGAAUAAGCUGAAGUCCACCGCGCCCACGAACAGCACGGCUGGCCUCGGAGCCAAGCCAGGUUCCCUUCGCCGCGUAUUCCUGAUGCGCGACCGUAAAACCAAUCAGUCCUGGAGAUACGGGUUUGCUGAGUUCACCACUGUCGAGGAUGCGAUGGCUGCAGUCACUAAGUUCCGAGCAUCCGCGAAAUUCACCAUUGCGUCCAAGCCCGUUGUGGUCGCCUUUAUUCACACCGGCGUGUUCAUCCCUUCGUUUGAAGAUCCAACGACCGAGAACCAGGAUUUCUCCUUCAUCCCCAUUUACAAUCCCGCCGUGCGCGUCAAGUAUUGGGAUGACCGGCCCUAUCCAAGCGCUCGUGUUGUUUCGACCGAUCCCCUUCCUGGCUCAGAGAGCCCUGGUCGUGCUGCUGGCGGUGAUGAGGCCUCCAAAUCGACAGCAAAGUCUUCAAAGAAGUCGAAGCAGCCGACGAAGGAGCCCGCGCCGGUUCCAAAAGUGGCUAUGAUGCCACAGAUGCAGCUCUGGGCCAAGGCGUCCGCCCAGCUGCAUGGUGUAAAACCAGCGACUGACCGGCCCGGGCCGUUGCUGCAAGAGCACGAUGCACUCGGCUCAGCUGCGGCCCAUGGCACUCCCUCUGAAAGCGAGGAAACACAGCCAGACGGGCCUGUUGCUCCCCAAUGGGGUGAUAAAUACCUUUCCUAUGCCGACUGGGACUCCUUGACCUGCCUUGUCUGCGGGUGGGAAGCUCCGAGCCAAGCAGCGAUCGAGGCGCGCGGUCUGCCACAAUCCCGGAGCGACCUGCUCAUCGACCAUGAAGGACGCGCUCACCAGUUCCUUCAAGACGACGAAGUCCGGGCCAAGGCUGCGACGGCCCUUGCCUCUACAGGAAAAGAGCCCCGUCCUGUCGUCCGUCGCACCCCACGGCUCAAGUCGGAGCGCCUACCGGUAUACCUGUCCUACGCCGACUGGGAUAGUCUGCGCUGUGUCCUCUGCAGGCGUGUGUUCAAAGAAGCAAGGCACGUCUGGCUGCACGAGCAACAGAGCGAGCUACACAAGCGCAUGUUGGCCAACCCACAAAACCGAGCACGCGCAGUAGACGAGUUCAAGCAGCUUGACAAGAAAAUGCGCAUCGUCGAGCCAGAGACUGAGUUCAGGCGGACUGUGGACAUCCAGUGCGUGCGCUACCUCCAACCUCAAUACCGCGACCGAGCGCUCGAACGGCGCCGAGCCUUUGGCCGAUCCAAAAAGCAACCCGGCGCCAACCAAUCACCUGGCGGCGCCGGCGGCAACGCGGCUCCAGAAAAGCGCAAAGAGCCCGCCGAGGCAACCACCACCGCGACCGACGAGCCAGCAGCCAAGAAAUCAAAGGGCGCCGGCAUGCUCGCCAAGAUGGGAUGGACAGCGGGUGCUGGGCUGGGCGCCGAGGGAGCGGGUCGUACGGAGGCGAUCUCUACCGAUGUGUAUGCUCCUGGUGUUGGGUUGGGGGCGGAGGGCAGUAAGUUGGGGGAUGCGAGUGAGGAGGGGGCGAGGAAUACGAGGGGGGAUUUUGGGGCGUUUGUGCAGAAGACUAAGGAGAGGGCGAGGGAGAGGUAUGAGAAGAUGUAG